UCCUGUAUCUCCCCCGCGCUUGGCGCAGACUCAACCACAUCUCAGGGGGUUGCCAACCUUACCUAUUGAUGACCUCAGUUCAGGUUAAUUAAAGUAUGACUAGGUUAACAUAGGCUACGCGAUCAUCUUCAACGAGAAGCCAUACAUGUGAAUCCCCAUGUUCAAGAGAAUCCCUCGACAAUCGUCCAUUGCGACGCCCGAUAGCCUGGUAAAUAUACGGCUUUUAGUGGAAUUACUCAACCAUACAACCGCUGAAGCACAACCCCACGACACCCCGCACGCGGCCCCUGCAUAUGAUCUAGUUCGCGGCCACGCAAAAUGCGAAAUGUCUCGUUUGAUCUCAUAGGCAGGCAAACUUCUCCUAUGAUAGGCAGCACAAUAGUUUCACAGGCAACAGCGUAGUUCAAUCCAAGGCUAUAAAAAGCCCCGACGGUGUUGCGAUGCGGCUACAUCUACAACAUUGCGCGUAAUGCCCCGAGUCUGGCGGCCUCUCUUUCCAUCUCACCCCCGCAGCUUCUUCUCCUCCUCCUCCUGGUCCCAUCGAACCCUGUCCCCGAAGAGUCCCCUUCUUCCUCGACAACAGAGAAUGGCGCCGCAAACCUCGAUCGCCGAGUUCCGCGAGCUCGUCAACAAGAGCAAUCGGAUCCUCGCCCUCUGCGGCGCCGGACUCUCGGCCGCCUCGGGCCUGCCCACGUUCCGCGGCGCCGGCGGCCUCUGGCGCAACCACGAGCCCACCUCGCUCGCUACGCCCGAGGCCUUCGCGGACGAUCCGGCCCUUGUGUGGCUGUUCUACGCGUGGCGGAAGCAUAUGGCGCUGCGGGCGGAUCCGAAUCUCGGACACUAUGCGCUUGCUGCGCUGGCGAGGAAGAAGGAGAAUUUUCUGUGUUUGACGCAGAAUGUUGACGGGCUCUCGCCUCGCGCCGGACACCCUGACUCGAAACUGAGAUUACUCCACGGAAGCAUCCUCGAUGUGAAGUGCUUCAAUAAGUGCGGCUACAUCGAUCGCCUUAACUUGGACGACCCGCCGUGUCCCGCGCUUGCCGCAGCGUCUGAGGAUUACCCUGCCGACCAGGCGAUGCCGCUUCUCGACCCAAGUGUCCCCACGCCGAAGAUCGAGGUGCAGGACCUUCCUCAUUGUCCGAGGUGCAAGACGGGGUUGUUGCGCCCCGGCGUCGUGUGGUUUGGCGAACAGCUGGACAAUGCCAUGCUAAGGGGUGUGGACGAUUGGAUCGAGCAGGGCCCGAUCGACCUCAUGCUUGUAGUGGGCACUGCUGCCGCCGUGUACCCUGCCGCUGGGUAUAUGUAUGAAGCCCAGGACAAGGGUGCCGUUGUCGCUGUCGUGAAUCCUGAUCCGGAUUCGGCGGACGGACUCACGUCUGAUGACUUCUUCUUUCAGGGGAGUGCGGCAGAGAUAUUGCCGCAGCUGUUUGAGGGGGUCAUUGGAAGGAUAGAUGAAAAUGGAAAGACAACGGAUAGUUAGCUAUGAAUCUCGAAUCAUAGGAUACAUAUAAUCUUACUCUUCAAUUUUCAGAUCAACAUAAUUUUUACACCUCGUGCCGCGAGCUCUUCAUGACGAACGGGGAUGAUCUGCAAAUGCAUUCUACUUACUCGCGAAU